CGUCAUAAUGGUGUUUCCGCAAAAUCUUUAGCUGAAAUGUAUUCGAAACGACAAACGUCGAGGAGACUCUAGUGAUUCUAGGGUCUUUAAAACAAAAUCCUGUGGUGGUCACCGAUGUCACUCCUAAGUUGAAGCUUCUCAGAAGGGCCCACAACACAGAGAAACAAAAUGGGGAUCCUCUGGUCAAGAUUCAAGAAUAAGCCUGGAACAAAGGAGUUACUAGAUGACAUUGAAAAGAAAGUAAGAAAUAUAAAUGAGUACAAACUGAACACAGAGCGACAGCAGAAGAGGCUUGUGGGAGCCCUGAUAUUCUACUCGUGUUUAUUCUACAUCUUGUGUAUGGUCAUAACAUAUGUGUGGUACUUCCCGAGGACACUUCAGGGCCAAAUCUUGUGCAUUGUGCCAUUGGUGCUGUUUCCUGCCGUAAUAGUGCUUACCAAAAAGCUACUACAGUGGUACUUCAGGAGAAAAAUUGAGAGGAAAAAUGAGGAGCUUACAGAUCUGAUAAAGCAGAAGCGCUCAGUGCUUGACAAUGUCAUGGAAACUGAGACCUACAAGGUUGCCAAGGAAAUUCUGGAGAAGUAUGAUCCAGAAACACUCAGGAAAAGUGUCAAAUUGGAAGAGAAGACUGUUAAGCCAUUGCUUGGCACGGAUCCAGAUUUGCGCCGGCGCAUGAUCCCCCAAUCCAUGAAGGGCGCCCCCAUGCGCCCAGGAGCCCGGCUACCUCACUCGAACCUCAAGAUGCCUUCCUCCUCACUACCGAACGCUCCCUUUGAGGAGCGCCGCAUGAUGGUGGUUGCUCCAGGCAUGUCGAGGAACGGGCAGCAAGCACACGGUCCGUUGCCAGUGCCCGCCCUGCCCCGGCCAAUCCUGCCUCGAGAGAGGACGGCUUUUGACAGAGUCAUUGACUUUCUCGUGGGAGAGGGCCCCAGCAACCGGUACGCGCUCAUCUGUACCCGCUGCUGCUCACAUAACGGAAUGGCGCUCAAGGAAGAAUACGAGUACCUGUCAUUCCGGUGUUGCUACUGUUUCCACUGGAACCAAGCUAAAAAGCAACGCCCCGAAUUGCCAAGGGUGCUCGAGAUGCCGCCAGCAGGCAUGCUCGCCCUUCCAUCCCCACCUCCAGCUGCAACUGUCCCUGCUGAAGAGUCGUCCAUCACCGUGAACAACCCCAGCAGUGAGAAAGAUGCAGAUGAAACAGACAUGGAAACAUGCGAUGAAGGCUUCGAGAGCAAGGUGGUGAAGGAUGAAGGCGCGCCGGACGACAGCCUUCCUGCCGCGAAAAUCUUGCCAGUUGAUGCCUCGGGCGACAUUUUGGGCCUCCACGAGAUAGCCCGCCAGCCAAAGCAGGCUGUCGUGGCUCCACUGCCCAAGAACCCGCAGUGCAAAAAGGAUGACUAGAUCACCGAUCACCUUAGAUGUGCCUUAAAAUUUUUUUCUUAUAGCUCCUACUACUAACCAAGACAGAGACAUGUUGCUGUGUAGUAUGUAUGGAGCGCCGAGAUAAAAUCGUGCUGCCAUGAAUCUUGGUAAGAGAUUAAUGAAGUAUGCCGAGCAUUUGUA